CCCCUCCUCCCCGUCCUCCUCCUCCUCCUCCCCAGUGCCACAGAGCCGGAGCCUGAGCAGCCGCCGCAGCCACAGCCGCGGGCACUAUGGCUUCUGGAGUUACAGUCAAUGAUGAAGUCAUCAAAGUUUUUAAUGAUAUGAAAGUGAGGAAAUCUUCUACACAAGAGGAGAUCAAAAAAAGAAAGAAAGCAGUCCUCUUCUGUUUAAGCGAUGACAAAAGACAAAUAAUUGUAGAGGAAGCAAAGCAGAUCUUGGUGGGUGACAUUGGUGAUACUGUAGAGGACCCCUACACAUCUUUUGUGAAGUUGCUACCUCUGAAUGAUUGCCGAUAUGCUUUGUACGAUGCCACAUACGAAACAAAAGAGUCUAAGAAAGAAGACCUAGUAUUUAUAUUCUGGGCUCCUGAAAGUGCACCUUUAAAAAGCAAGAUGAUUUAUGCUAGCUCUAAAGAUGCCAUUAAAAAGAAAUUUACAGGUAUUAAACAUGAGUGGCAAGUAAAUGGCUUGGAUGAUAUUAAGGACCGCUCGACACUCGGAGAGAAAUUGGGAGGCAAUGUAGUAGUUUCACUUGAAGGAAAACCCUUAUAAAAUGACAGUCAAGUGCCAUCUGGAUCUUAAGGAGCCAUCUGGAUCUUAAGGAGCUACCAUUUCUCUACCGCAGUCAAUUGGAAUAGUAUUACAUUAUUAGGGUUUUUUUUUUCCCCUCCUCUCCCCACUGGGCCCUUUCAACACAUGAAUGGAGGAGAUAUCAUUCAUUUACGCAACCUAUCAGUGAUUGCCAUUAGACUGUUAAUACUGUUACUUUUAUGUAGAACCCAAGGAAUGCCUUUCUGUCUACUUUAGCCAAAACAACUGGUUAUACGCCUCCCCUGCAGCAAGCACCACAAUGAAUGUGAUUGUCAAUGUGAAUAGCUUAGAAUACUGCAAAGGGUAAGCUAAUUGAAUGCCUUGAAAGUAUUAUCCACUGGUCAGAUGGUAAACUUUAUUCAGUAUUAUUUAGAGUUGCACUCGGUUGCAGUUCUGUGAGGCUCAAGCAUUCAUACACCUCACCUGCCUUGGCAAGCCUAUUUUUGCAACAUGGCAGCACAGAUAUAACACUAUGCAUCGAAAGCACUUUUUUUGUAAUGAGUUUAACCCCACCCCCACCUCAAAAAGAAUGCCAAUUAAGUUGCAUAAACUGUGUCAUCAACUUAUCCUGGUAGUACCUCAGUGUUCAUUCCUGUUACGUGCAUACCUUGGUAAAAGAAAUAGAUGUUAUUAAUGCCUUUUUGUUUUCCAUUGAGUGUACACUACUGAAUAAGUGUAGGAGUUUUAUGUUUACCAUGUGAGUCUUGCAACACUAAAGAUAUUUUGAAUAUCAGUCAUGGCAAUUUCUGUAUAAAAGAGCCUUAAACAGAACAUUGUUUUUGAGAUCAGACUUACCACCCUCACACAAAUGGCCACGUUGCAAUAAAAAUUGUGGCAUAUUACAGAA